CGGCUCACACUGCUGUGGCGCGCGGCUGAGCCGCACACGUGUCUCCCCGGAGGACUCGGUCCUGAGUUCCCCCAGCUCCUCACGCCCCGGAGGUUCGGGUCGCCUCCGAUUCCCUUGGUGUUCGCCCACCCGGCCCGCGAGAGCGGGACAGGAUCAGUUCCCCGCGCUUAGUGGGCCAACUUGACCGAGCAACUUUGUCCCGGGAGCGGCGCGGGGGGGACGGGGGACUGCGCAUGCGGAGCUCCAAAUUCAAACAGCUGUUUCCAGAGGCUGCAGCGCCCGCGGACCCGGAGCGGCUGGGGCUGGGGGAAGCUCUCGCUAGGAGGCGGCCGCUCAGGAGCCAUGGUGGACCGGGGCCCACUGCUCACCUCGGCCAUCAUCUUCUACCUGGCCAUCGGGGCGGCGAUCUUCGAAGUGCUCGAGGAGCCGCACUGGAAAGAGGCCAAGAAAAACUACUAUACGCAGAAGCUGCAUCUGCUCAAGGAGUUUCCGUGCCUGGGCCAGGAGGGCUUGGACAAGAUCCUGCAGGUGAGCCGCCGCCUGCGCCCCCCAGUACGCCUGAAGCGGACGGGGCUUUAAGGGUGCCGAAGGGAAGACCCCUACAGGUUCGCGGAAGAUCCUGGGUGACGGUGGUAUCUGAUGCUGCAGGGCAGGGCGUGGCCAUCACAGGGAACCAGACCUUCAACAACUGGAACUGGCCAAAUGCAAUGAUUUUUGCAGCCACGGUCAUCACCACCAUUGGUUAUGGCAAUGUGGCUCCCAAGACUCCGGCCGGGCGCCUCUUCUGUGUCUUCUAUGGUCUCUUCGGGGUACCUCUCUGCCUGACGUGGAUCAGUGCCCUGGGCAAGUUCUUCGGGGGACGUGCCAAGAGGCUGGGCCAGUUCCUCACGAGAAGAGGCGUGAGCCUGCGGAAGGCACAGAUCACGUGCACGGCCAUCUUCAUCGUGUGGGGUGUCCUGGUCCACCUGGUGAUCCCGCCCUUCGUGUUCAUGGUGACCGAGGAGUGGGACUACAUCGAAGGCCUCUACUACUCCUUCAUCACCAUCUCCACCAUCGGCUUUGGUGACUUUGUGGCUGGUGUGAAUCCCAGCGCCAACUACCACGCCCUGUACCGGUACUUUGUGGAGCUCUGGAUCUACCUGGGGCUGGCCUGGCUGUCCCUCUUUGUCAACUGGAAGGUGAGCAUGUUUGUGGAGGUCCACAAAGCCAUUAAGAAGAGGCGGAGACGGCGGAAGGAGUCCUUCGAGAGCUCCCCACACUCGCGGAAGGCCCUGGGGAUGGCGGGAAGUGCCACCUCCAAAGACGUUAACAUCUUCAGCUUCCUGUCCAAGAAGGAGGAGACCUACAACGACCUCAUCAAGCAGAUUGGGAAGAAGGCCAUGAAGUCGAGCGGGGGCAGCGAGAGGGUCCCGGGAGCCGGGCCGGGGCCUCCAGGGGCUGGACUGCCAGCGCUGCCCACCUCCCUGGCGCCCCUGGUGGUCUACUCCAAGAACCGCGGGCCCAGCUUGGAGGAGGUGUCGCAGACGCUUCGGAGCAAAGGCCACGUGUCGAGGCCCUCUGGAGAGGAGGACGGGCCGCAGGCGCCUGAGGCCGGCUCCCCCGCCUCCGAGGUGCUCAUCAACCAGCUGGACCGCAUCAGCGAGGAGGGCGAGCCCUGGGAAGCCCGGGACUACCACCCGCUCAUCUUCCAGAACGCCAACAUCUCCUUCGCCAACGAGGAGGCCGGCCUCUUGGAUGAGGAGACCUCCAAGUCCUCUCUGGAGGACAACCUGGUGGGGGAGGAACAGCCUCAGGAGGGGGACGCCAGCCAGGGGCCCCUGAACAUGGGCGAGUUCCCCUCGUCGGACGAGUCCACCUUCACCAGCACUGAGUCCGAGCUCUCCGUGCCUUACGAACAGCUGAUGAACGAGUACAAUAAGGCAAAUGGCCCCAAAGGCACCUGAGGCGGGCCGGCUCCCCACCCCACCUUUGACGGCUCUUCCCCCUCACCCGGGGUGUCCCGCGGUGGCCGAGAGCUUGGGCCCCUGGUCAGGGGCAGCCCUGGAGCUGGGAGUGGGGAGCCAGGGGCCUUUCUUUCCCUCCAUCCCCUCCAGCUGGUGGCCCCUGAUGGAACACGGUGCAUGCCCAGGACAGGGCCUCUGCUCUCCAGCUGAGCAGCACCCUGGUAGCGGGGAGGCUGCUGUCCUGAGCAUGGAUGGUUUUAUUAAUGAUUGGAAGGCACGUGGGCUGGCAGGAUGGACCCUGAGGAGGCCCACACCGCAUGGGGCUUCGCCUGUCUUCAGUUGAAUGUCACACGGUUCUCUGAGGCCAGAGGCCUCAGCUGUUAAGUUUACCAGUAUUAAUGAGCAACUUCUAUGUGCCUGGCACUGAGCUAGAAGUUUCAGAGAGAGGAGGGGCUGUAAGACUUGGGUUCUGCCUUUUUAAGCACUGACGUGUUUGGGAAGGUUCAGCUGUGAUGCUGGGUCUGGGCUUCUCAGUACCCCAACAGUAGUACGGCCCAUCUCCCCAUCUACUUGUGGAUCUGCCCUUCAGGUCCCCACUGCAAACCUUGGUAGGGCAGAGGCCACUGGGGGAGGAGAGCCAAGGAGAUGAUGGGCAGGAACUGAAGCAGGUCACAGCCAGUAUGGGCCCCAGGGCCUUGUCCUCCUUGCCCCCAGAGCCACAUCCCUGUCUCAUACCUUUGGCCAAUCAAUGGCAGACCUACGGCUUUCUGCACCUAAGUUGGGGGAGGAAGAGAGGGUGGAGGACACAGGCCAUGGAAACUGGGGGCAAGGGAGUCCACAAGGAAGCCUAAGGGAGUGGCUGAGCUCUGGUUAACUCUGCCCUCGCCCCUCUUGUCCCCUCACUUCCCCUGAGAAUUGCAUACCCCAGCCCUGACCUGAGCACCCACACGCCCAUCCUGCUGUCCCUACAUUACCUAGACUCAGGUCACGGACCUCACUGCCCACCUCCCUGUCUCACCUGUAUCCCCCACUCCUCCCAGCCAGAGCCAGGGCACGAGG